AUGUCCAAAAUAACAAGUGACAACUCACAUUUAUCACCUGAUGUACCCAUUAUUAAACCACCGCAAGCUUCGAAAGUCCUUAAUGCUCAUUCAUCGUCUCUUGCACAACAUCCACUACAACAGUCGUGUGACAAUAGUGUUACCAUGGAUCAAAAUGGUUCUGAUGGUUUUCAGACCGGUAUUAACGAUUCAUUACUAACAGUUAUAAAUAGCGAACAAGGAUUGAGUAAACCUGGUUUUCCCCGGGACAGUAACAUUUUGUUAUCAAAUAACAAUUUAGUCUGGACACCCGGUGCCACACAACCAGAUCGACAGAAUAGUACACCGAAAACAAUUUACGAUAAACCCUUCUUAGGAGAAUUGUUCCAAGCUUUCAAAGAUGGGCCCGGAUCAUUGAAACGUCAAUUUGGCUCUUGUGAAAUCGAACAUAAUGCAUCAAGUUCAGAAGAAACCUUUGAAACUCAUGACACAAAAAAACAACAUACAUACAACUCAUCUUCAUCUAGAGACGAAGAUGAACCUGUUAUGUAA